AUUGAAUGUCGAUAUAUGUCACUGCGCAAGCCAAUCUUGCCUCAACUCAUGAACUUUCACAACUCUUUCUCUUCUGAUCCGAUCGUUUCUUUGUAUUUCUAAUCACUCAUUUGAUGCGCUUGCAUGUCUUCGCAUCCUCCCCCAUACAUAUUUACCGUGACUCUGUUAUACCUAUACAGUACUCCCGCAGUUCUCUCUUGCUUCUGCUGUAUUUUCGGCAUCGAUCCUGGUGAUAUCGUGCUACGCUACAUUACCCUUUUGUAUCUAUACGCUGCUGCAUUGUACAUAUGUAUAAUGUCACCAAUCGAACAACGCAUUGGUCCGAGAAUAAGUCGUCCCAACACGCCAGCUUCUAGCCCUAGUAUGAAUCAUGUUACAAUCAGCAGCAAGUCGAUCGCUCACACAGGGUGCAAAUUAUCAUAAGUUUUUGUGGCUUAUGAGAAACUUACGGUGAAUUAACAUGAAA